AUCCUUUUCGUCUUUGCAUCCGUAAACGUCGAGUAAAGGCUGUUGCAACCAAGGAACAUUUACUCCUUAUUUUUAUUGCGAAGCAGGCAAACUAUCGUCAAGAAACAUGCCUAGCAAACAGAGAAUGCGACUUGCCAACGAAAAGGCCAGCAAAAAUGUUGAAAAACGAGGCAAUGUUCAGAAAGGAGGAAAAGUUGCAGAUGAAAAAUCACCUGUUGGCCCCUGGCUCUUAGGACUAUUCAUAUUUGUUGUCUGUGGCUCUGCAAUUUUCCAAAUUAUUCAAUCAAUUCGAAUGCAGUAACAAGAAUUUACUCAAAGAAGAAAUAGUAAGAAC